AUGAAAAGAUUAACAGUCGAUAUUAUAAUGAAAGCCCCUGCAUUCCGAAAUACUUUGAAAGAGAGGGAGCUUGAUUUAAGAGGACUGAAAAUUCCUCGAGUAGAAAAUCUUGGCUGCACUCAAGAUCAGUUUGAUGUCAUUGAUUUUUCAAAUAACCAGAUAGAAACACUCGAGGAUUUUCCUCUGUUAAAAAGACUUACGACAUUACUAAUUAAUAACAACUUAAUCAAAAAAGUUGCGGAAAAUUUCCCAGAUACCUGUCCAAAUAUCAAAUCAAUCAUGCUUACUAAUAACAAUAUUCGUACAUUUUCAGAUAUUUCUCCUCUUACUCGUUGUAAUGAAAUUCAAUAUCUGAGUUUAAUGGAAAACCCAAUAACCAAGAUAGAAGAUUAUCGCCUUAUCGCAAUCAAAUUGUUUUCUAAACUUAAAUAUUUGGAUUUCCAAAAAGUUACUGAAAUAGAGAGACAAAAAGCCAAGGAACUUACAUUAACAUAA